GCAUUUCGGGUAGGGAUGGUUCAGUUUUCCACUUCGGAGUUCAGACUGACACCCCACAUCGACAAUUUGGAGGUGGCGAACAGCUUCGCAGUCACCAAUGCUUUCUGCUCCCAGUUUUCAAGAGGAGUCUACGCCAUUUUUGGAUUUUAUGACAAGAAAUCUGUAAAUACCAUCACCUCAUUUUGUGGAACGCUGCAUGUCUCCUUCAUCACUCCCAGCUUCCCAACAGAUGGUACACAUCCAUUUGUCAUUCAGAUGAGACCCGACCUCAAAGGCGCGCUCCUUAGCUUGAUUGAAUACUAUCAGUGGGACAAGUUUGCAUACCUCUAUGACAGUGACAGAGGCUUAUCAACACUGCAAGCUGUGCUGGAUUCUGCUGCUGAAAAGAAAUGGCAAGUGACUGCUAUCAAUGUAGGAAACAUUAACAAUGACAAGAAAGAUGAGACCUACCGAUCACUUUUUCAAGAUCUGGAGUUAAAAAAGGAACGGCGUGUGAUUCUGGACUGUGAACGGGAUAAAGUAAAUGACAUUGUAGACCAGGUUAUUACCAUUGGAAAACAUGUUAAAGGGUACCACUACAUCAUUGCAAAUCUGGGGUUUACUGAUGGAGACCUACUAAAAAUUCAAUUUGGAGGUGCAAAUGUCUCUGGAUUUCAGAUAGUGGACUAUGAUGAUUCCUUGGUAUCUAAAUUUAUAGAAAGAUGGUCAACACUUGAAGAAAAGGAAUACCCUGGAGCACACACGUCUACAAUUAAGUAUACUUCUGCACUGACCUAUGACGCCGUUCAAGUGAUGACGGAAGCCUUCCGCAACCUACGGAAGCAGAGAAUUGAAAUCUCCCGGAGGGGGAAUGCAGGAGACUGUCUGGCAAAUCCAGCAGUCCCUUGGGGACAAGGUGUAGAAAUAGAAAGGGCCCUCAAACAGGUUCAGGUUGAAGGUCUUUCAGGAAAUAUAAAGUUUGACCAGAAUGGAAAAAGAAUAAACUAUACAAUUAACAUCAUGGAGCUCAAAACAAAUGGGCCCCGGAAGAUUGGCUACUGGAGUGAAGUGGACAAAAUGGUUGUUACCCUUACUGAGCUUCCUUCUGGAAAUGACACCUCUGGGCUUGAGAAUAAGACUGUUGUUGUCACCACAAUUUUGGAAUCUCCAUAUGUUAUGAUGAAGAAAAAUCAUGAAAUGCUUGAAGGCAAUGAGCGCUAUGAGGGCUACUGUGUUGACUUGGCUGCAGAAAUCGCCAAACAUUGUGGGUUCAAGUACAAGUUGACAAUUGUUGGGGAUGGCAAGUAUGGGGCCAGGGAUGCAGACACGAAAAUUUGGAAUGGGAUGGUUGGAGAACUUGUAUAUGGGAAAGCUGAUAUUGCAAUUGCUCCAUUAACUAUAACCCUUGUGAGAGAAGAGGUGAUUGACUUCUCAAAGCCCUUUAUGAGCCUCGGGAUAUCUAUCAUGAUCAAGAAGCCUCAGAAGUCCAAACCAGGAGUGUUUUCAUUUCUUGAUCCUUUAGCCUAUGAGAUCUGGAUGUGCAUUGUUUUUGCCUACAUUGGGGUCAGUGUAGUUUUAUUCCUGGUCAGCAGAUUUAGCCCCUACGAGUGGCACACUGAGGAGUUUGAAGAUGGAAGAGAAACACAAAGUAGUGAAUCAACUAAUGAAUUUGGGAUUUUUAAUAGUCUCUGGUUUUCCUUGGGUGCCUUUAUGCAGCAAGGAUGCGAUAUUUCGCCAAGAUCCCUCUCUGGGCGCAUUGUUGGAGGUGUGUGGUGGUUCUUUACCCUGAUCAUAAUCUCCUCCUACACGGCUAACUUAGCUGCCUUCCUGACUGUAGAGAGGAUGGUGUCUCCCAUCGAAAGUGCUGAGGAUCUUUCUAAGCAAACAGAAAUUGCUUACGGAACAUUAGACUCUGGCUCCACUAAAGAGUUUUUCAGGAGAUCUAAAAUUGCAGUGUUUGAUAAAAUGUGGACCUACAUGAGAAGCGCAGAGCCCUCUGUGUUUGUGCGGACUACAGCUGAAGGGGUAGCUAGAGUACGGAAGUCCAAAGGGAAAUAUGCCUACUUGCUGGAGUCCACCAUGAACGAGUACAUCGAACAAAGGAAGCCUUGCGACACCAUGAAAGUUGGUGGAAACCUGGAUUCCAAAGGCUACGGCAUCGCAACACCUAAAGGAUCCUCAUUAAGAAAUGCGGUUAACCUCGCAGUACUAAAACUGAAUGAACAAGGCCUGUUGGACAAAUUGAAAAACAAAUGGUGGUACGACAAAGGAGAGUGCGGCAGCGGGGGAGGUGAUUCCAAGGAAAAGACCAGUGCCCUCAGUCUGAGCAACGUUGCUGGAGUAUUCUACAUCCUUGUCGGGGGCCUUGGUUUGGCAAUGCUGGUGGCUUUGAUUGAGUUCUGUUACAAGUCAAGGGCCGAGGCGAAACGAAUGAAGAUGACCUUGAACGAUGCCAUGAGGAACAAGGCAAGGCUGUCAAUUACAGGAAGUACUGGAGAAAAUGGACGUGUUAUGACUCCAGAAUUUCCAAAAGCAGUGCAUGCUGUCCCUUACGUGAGUCCUGGCAUGGGAAUGAAUGUCAGUGUGACUGAUCUCUCGUGAUUGAUAAGAACCUUUUGAGUGCCUUACACGAUGGUUUUCUUGUGUGUUUAUUGUCAAAAUGGUGAGAGGCAUCCAGUAUCUUGAAGACUUUUCUUUCAGCCAAGAAUUCUUAAGUAUGUGGAGUUCAUCUUGAAUUGUAAGGAAUGAUUAAUUAAAAACACAACAUCCUUUUCUACUCGAGUUACAGACGAAGCUUGGUGGACAUGCACAGCUAACAUGGAAGUACUAUAAUUUAACUGAAGUCUUUGUACAGACAACAAACCUGUUUCUGCAGCCACUAUUGUUAGUCUCUUGAUUCAUAAUGACUUAAGCACACUUGACAUCAACUGCAUCAAGAUGUGACAUGUUUUAUAAAAAAAAAAAAGAAAAAAACAUUUAAAGUAAAAAAAAAAAUAUUUUUAGGUAUUUUCACAAACAAACUGGCUUUUAAAUAAAUUUGCUUCCAUAUUGGUUGGAUAAGACAAAAAGCAAUUAAACGGAGUGGGAAGUGAUUGAAAAAGGCUUUAGGUAUCAGUUCCAUAUUUUUCAAAGCCAAAUAUGUAAAUGCUAAGGAAAG